ACUGUCUGGAGUUUUUAUAGCUUGAGACGGUGAUAAGUAUCUUCUUUUUUUUGUUCCGCAUCGUGAGUGGCAGGAUAUUCGAGACAGUUGCCGUUAUGCCUUCAGGGACAUACUUUAUUAUAUCAUACUAGCUAAAGAAAUAAAAGUGGCUGGAGAAUUAACUGGAUUGAUUUAGUUGGCGAGCAGUAUGAAAAUACAAUUGCCAAACCAUCUUGUGAAACAUGGGAGACAAAGAGCAUCAUGUGCACUUUAGUGGUGGGAGUGGACUUGGAAAGGAUAACAACAUUAUGAUACAACCCCAACGACAUGGUCAUAUAGAUGCUCACUUAGGAUUCUUGCAACUGCAUCACAGAUACCAUAUAGAGUUUUCAGUGCCAUGGAAUACAUGUAUUCAUCUGGAAGGAAAAACAGUAACACCGGCAAUAAUAGCAGGAAAUCAAAAUGCAAACUGUCAUAUUGUUGAUUUUGCACAAGAUAAAGAUGGCUUAAGAUUAAAAGUGGAAUUGUUAGCCUACAAAGAGAAGAUAUUAAAAGAGGAUAUUGAAGUAAUGUGUUGUUCAUCUGGCACACCUUUGAAGAUUGUACUGAAUGCACGGGUUCUGGCAAAGGAUAAGGGUACGCCAUUGUUGAGAAAUGGCAUACGUAGUAUUGCCAUAGAGGGUGUGGACGAGGAUGAGGUCUCUGAAUAGGUCUGCUUAUUGAUUUAUCUCUUGAUAUCUGAGCUGCUGAGUAUGCUGAAGAGAGUCAUGAAGCCUAUGGUAGAGAAGUUGAACAAAUGCAUCAGCAUCGCUGAGACAUUCCAGAAUAGAACGGACAGAGUGAAACGCAAAUGGCCAAUGGCUUGGAUCACUGCGCAAGACAAUUUGCCUAUUGUGGUCUUAAGACUAUAUCACAUGCGAGAUGCCUAAAAGUGCACACCACUUAUCGUUUGUUGAUUAUGUACAUGUAGAUUAUAAUGAACGAUUAAUAUUUUAUUAUCCUUUUAUAUAUCGACUGUCAAUUUUCAACGAAGCUUCGCUUUCGCUAGAUGAACACGUUUAUAAAGAUAUUAAAAUACUUCUCAAUUGUUCGUCGAAAAAUCAAAAGAUGAGUCGAUCAUUCGAAUAAAUUAAACGAUAAAAAUCUCA